AUGGCUGUCACACCCCAGCCAAUACUCAUCCAUCCCAGCCCAGGAGGUUCCGUGGUCUCAGAGAGCUUCACUGAGAUGAAGGAAAGCGGCUUUGGCGCCUUAAAGAGGCAACCUGCAGGAGCUGCGACAGGAGAGGCAGAUGGCGUGUUGGAUCUCGAAGUUGGGCAGGGAUGUUGGUUCCAGAGGUGCAGAGCCAGCCACGCGGUGGGCGAGGUGGCUGCGGCCGUUGCUGUGGCGGCAUUCUCCCUGAGCUACUCGCAGCAGGGCUUCGUCCCGCCUCCAGCGGCUCGCAGUGCGAAGAUGACCCAGGAAGAAUUGGCCCCCUGGGAUUCGAUCCAGGACUGCCUGGAGGAUGGACUGGAUGGUGCCCUGACAGCCGCGGAGGACUUCUUCAACGCAGCAGACGGGCUCGUUGGCCCCUCUCCGAACCCUCAGCUCCUUCCGGCCGGCAGCGCGCCCUUGCCCAAGAAGGAUGGUCUGCAGCAGGUUAUCGAGCCGCUGACCAAGCUGUACAUGCGCUACCGAACGGCCAUCUAUCCUCGCUGCAAAGAGUGCCAGAUCAUCGUCCGUUUUGGCAAGCUUUGGCGAACCUGCCGCGUCCGCAGGCACAAGCAACGGCAGCCCGGCAUCACGGGGUACAAGAGGCGGAUGAACAGAUACAAGGGGUGGAAGCAGCUGUCCAAGCGCUGA